AUGUCUGCAAAACGGCGCAAUCUGGAAUUGGGGAACGUGCUGGUUGUGGGUGGCUGCGGCUUCCUUGGGUGGCAUAUCGUCGAUCACCUGCUGAACUUCCCCUCGGAGACGGAUCCUAGCAGCGCGCUGCCGAAGCCUCAGGGCGAUGCGCGCUUCGAGUACCCGACCCUGGGCUCGCGGUACCCCGACUACAAGGCUACGGUUUCAGUCGUAGACCUGCGCACGACGCACAACCGCCUCCCUGGUGCGAACUACUAUGAUGGCGACAUUACCUCUGUCGAGUCGAUGAUGAAGGUGUUCAGUGCGGUCAAGCCUGAUCUCGUGAUUCACACUGCGACCCCCUCUGUCCUUGAUGGCAACAAGAAGCUGCUGCACAAGGUGAAUGUUGAGGGAACUCGCACGCUGCUGGAGGUUGCUGGCGGCGAGCAUGGCGAUUGGGGUGGCAAGUGCAAGGCGUUCGUCUACACUAGCUCCAGCUCGGUGGUGCACGAUACGCAAAGUGAUCUGAAGAAUGUCAACGAGGAGUGGCCCCUGAUCCGUGGUCGUCUGCAGAAGGAGUACUACUCCGAGACCAAGGCCGAUGCCGAAGAGAUUGUUCUUAAGUACAACCGCCAGUCGCCCACAAACAUGGUGACCUGCGCCAUUCGGCCUGCAGGUAUCUACGGCGAGAAGGACACAACGGUGACAUACAAGAUCCUAGAGCACGGCUCUCAAGCCUCGCCGACAGUCCUGAAGAUGCAGCUCGGCGACAACGACAACCUGUUCGACUUCACCUACGUCGGCAACAUCGCCUACGCACACAUGCUGGCCGGCCACCGGCUACUGGCGACCUACGACCGCUACGAGUCCGGCCAGGGCGGGCCCCUGGAGCACGAGCGUGUGGACGGCGAGGCGUUCAACAUCACCAACGACUCUCCCAUCUACUUCUGGGACGUGACCCGCGCCAUGUGGGCGCUGAUCGACCGGAUCGUCGAGCCGCAUCAGGUCUGGGCCCUCCCGGAGGGCGUGCUGGAGAUCGUGGGCGGGCUGGCCGAGAGCGUGAUGGGGCUGUUCGGCAAGACACCGCGGCUGACACGUCGUGUCGUGCGGUACUCCUGCAUGACCCGCUACUUCUCCAUAGAAAAGGCGAAAUACCGGCUCGCGUAUCUGCCCAUCGUUCCUGUGGACGAGGGUGUUGCCCGUGCUGUGGGUUAUGUGGUUGAGUCGCAGCGCCAGACGGAGGAGAAGAAGGCGCUGUAA